AUGAAUCUAGAGGGCAAGAACGUGCAUCCAUUCUUUACCAAAACUUCCAACGGUCACGUACCAGACCCAGCGCCAAUCGCAAACGCAAACGCAACCCCCAUCGAUCAUGCACUCGACGAUCCAGAAACCCUUGAGGCCGAUGCCAAUUCCACCCAAGGACAGAAGAAGAGGCCACGAAAGGCCGAUCCCUCAAAGAGCAAAAAGGUAGCUUCUCACGCGAAGAACCAAGCCUCUCUAGACCAAUUCACUCGCCCUCCGACGAUACAAAACAACGAUCGAGCCAACUCAGGCAACGCGAACAUACCCGUAGAGGCUUCACUAGAGGUCGACCCAAACCACGAGCGGAGGAAGAGGCAGAAGACCGCGUCGCCAGAGCCUUCCAUUCCACCGACUUCAGCGCAAUCGGAACCCAAUGCUUACAAUUGGCACCAACAACUGCAGGUGGAAGCUGCGAGGCCCCUUGAGGUACAAGGGCUACAAGAACCAGCUCCUCAUAUAGGCGACAUGGUGGUGGAUGCGAUACCGGAAGAAGCUGUUACGCCUAGCACACAGCCUCUGCCAGACUUGGAUGCAGCCGCCUUUCCAUCCGGUCCUGUCGCAGACGAACCUCAGCAAACAACCCCGAAGAAGCAGAUAAGAGUUACCAAGAGCGGCAGACUAGUGUCCAGCCCACCGAAACCAGCUUUCGAUACCGUAGCGUCACCGAAGAAAAGAAGAGGUCGCCCGCGCGCGAAGCCAAAGAUACUUCCCACCGUGACAGUCAUACGAUACGGAACUGAUGCAGCAAGCCGAUCUGCUUUGGGCCAGAAAAUUGAGGAGAUUCUGAACGCAAAGAAGAAGCUGGCAGCGCGUCCAGCGGCCCAAAAGAAGGCGACAUCGAAACCAGCUGGGCCGGCCAAGAGCACACAUCCCUUCUUUCUCGGCAAAGCCCCGGAUGACGCUCUCCCAGCGAAAGUCGUCGCACAACUGCCACCUCCAACCCCAAGGAAGAGCGCUGUGACUCCGGGAAAGCUGCGCGCCGAGACUCGACGAGAUCCAUCGCCUGAGGGCCCACCGGUUUUUAGGCGAGGAUUGCAGACAAGUAAUACGGGAAAACAAUCUGGUCUCAACGAAGUCUGCUGGCCCACUCGUGAGAACGCGCAUGUCCGCAACCUGGAAUCCCCAUCGCCGCGUCUAGACAAUGCCACAUGUAUGCAAUUGCCACUCAGACCUCGCAAGCUGAAGCAAGCUGUGGUGAUACUACCGGAACACGAGAACGUGGUCGCGAGGCUGGCGCGAGGCCUUCAGGGUUGCAGUAGGAGCGAGACUCGAUCAGUUUCCGAGUUUGAGCCUCCUGAAGAUGUUCGUCUGCCCAAAAGGCUACUUACCACUGGGUCGGAGAUCCAGCGCCUGGUACGUGGACAACUACUGGCCCAGUUACCUUCUUCAGAGCUCCCAGAGAAGCCGUCUCACCCCGCUGUCAAAGAUCUGUUCCGAGAAAUCGAGCAUUGUCUCACGCCAUUUGACGAGGCCAAAUGCGAGUCCCAACCAUGGACUCUAAAGUACUGCCCGAAGAGUACAUCGCACGUUUUGCAAACUGGCAUGGACGCAGUGGUUCUCAAAGACUGGCUACAGAGUCUGACCGUCAUGGCUGUAAGCGGCGCAGCCAAAGUCGCUACAACGCUGGAUGUCAAGCAGCCGCCGCGGAAGAAGCGGAAGAAAGCUCUAGACGAUUUCAUUGUAGCAGACGAUGAAGAGGAUGAGGAGGACAUGGUCAUGCUCCCAGCUGCGGAAGGGACCAGCUUCACACAGCCGAGAUCUUACAGGCAACCGCAGUGGACGCGUAAUAAGAACGUCGUACUUAUCAGCGGUCCUCACGGCUGCGGAAAAAGCGCAACUGUGCAUGCCGUCGCAAAGGAAAUGGGAUUCGAAGUAUUCGAGAUUCACGCCGGUAUGCGCCGUUCAGGGAAGGACAUACAAGACAAGGUCGGUGAUAUGACCGGGAACCACCUCGUAAAUCACAAACGCAACGCACCGUCUGUGCAAGAGACCGCUCAAGCUGCCGACGACGCGAAUGGUGCCGACAGAGACACUGCUCUAGAAGAGGACAUCAGCAGUGGCCGACAAGGGACAAUGACCUCCUUUUUCCAAGUCAAGCCCGGAGCCGGAACGGUCAAACCGAAAGUCAAGACGAAGAUACCAGAAGUCGGAAAAGGCCCAGCACCCGUAGCCCAGGCUACACUGCCCAUGGCACAAGCCUCGCGCAACUCGCAGAAGCAAUCGCUGAUCCUCAUCGAAGAGGCUGAUAUACUCUUCGAGGAAGACCAGCAGUUCUGGGCGCAGAUUACAAAAAUUGCCUCUUUGUCCAAGCGUCCCAUCGUCAUCACUUGCAACGAUGAGCGGCAGAUACCCAUGCAGGACUUGCCCCUUGCAGCUGUCCUUCGGCUAGCACCCCCUCCCGUGGACUUGGCUACAGAUUACUUGCUUGUUCUUGCUGGCAGGGAAGGCCACAUCUUGGAGCGGCAGACUGUGAAAGAAAUGUAUGAAUCGAAGGACCACGACCUACGAGCUAGUAUCAUGGAACUUGACUUCUGGUGCCAGAUGUCUGUAGGCGAUAGGAAGGGAGGCCUCGAGUGGAUGUACCAGCGUUGGCCACCUGGUAAAGACUUGGACGAACACGGUCAAACAUUGAGAGUUGCCAGUGGAGGCACAUACACAUCUGGCAUGGGUUGGCUAUCACACAACGUCUUCGAAACGCAGGGCAAUCCGGCAUUUGAUAAGGAAGAAGAGCUUUUGCAGGAAGUCUGGGCUGAUUGGGGUAUCAGCCCGUCGGCGUGGGGAGUCUCUGAAGCAAUCGGUGCACAGUCAUCCGGAACACCCAACAGGGACCGGGCUGACCAACUGAAAGAGCUCGCGCGUCUGGAGGAUUACACCGACUCGCUCAGUGCCGCCGACGUGUUCUGUCGCGUCGACCUGCCCACAUAUGAGUCCAGCUCUGACCAGCCUACCGACUCCACCCAGCCACUAAUUACCGACAAAGCACGCCUUAGCUAUACGCUUGCCGCACCUCUACUCCAAGUCGAUCAUAGCUCAGACUUCUUGAACCUCGACACCGCCUUCUCCACACAAACACAUCUUCUCAUCCAGCGUACAUACCCGGACCUCUCCCAAAGCCACAGCCUAUCAGCAACCUCCUAUCUACGCACAGAAACCGACUACGCAAAGGCUAUACUCCAGCAUCGCAGAAACCGAAACGCAGACACCACCCUCACACGUCUUGACUUUGCAGGAGCCCUCGACCCUCUCGCCGCGCCACCAGACCAACUCCUCCCCGAGCGCACUUCAUUCACUCUCACACCAUCCUCAUUCGACCGCACAUUCAGCAUCAUCACGCUCGACCUAGCACCUUACGUCCGCAGCAUCGUAGCGCACGAGCAGAUCCUCGAAGAACAACGCGUCCGCAUGUCAAGCUUACUGACUAGUGCUGGUGGAAUAGGAGGCAAAAGAGGUAGAACCACGCGCGCAAGCCGUGUAGCACUCGAAGGUGGUGUCAGGGAAACCAAGAGGAAGGAUAGGUGGUUCGAUGCCGAUGUAGAUUUCGACGCUGUCAUGCGCACCGCGGGUAGGGAGUGGGCGGGCCUAGGCUGGAGAGGCGAGAAUUGGACUGAGGAGAGUGGGGAGGAGGGCACGGCGAGUCUGGCGGGGACGCAGGAGGGAGUUGAUGAUGGGGAUGGGGAUGUUGUGAUGCAGGGUUCUCAGGCGUGA